AUGACUGUUCGAGAGUACGAAGCGGAAUUCAACCGGCUGCUGAAGUAUGGAGGCCACCUAGUGCCAACCGAGGAGUACAAGAUCCAGAAAUUCAUUGCUGGGUUACGUGCUUCUCUCAGGAGAAUGAUCGAGUGCCAUGAGUACCCUACGUUGAGUCGGUACAUCAACCAACUCGACAAGGUGGAACGCAGUGAGAAGGAGAACAUGGAAGCCAAGAAACAAGACCGUGAUCCGUACAGGAGAGUGCCAGUCAACCGUCCCCCGAUGAGAGUUGGGCAGACGAGUCAACCCCGCGACAAGGGGAAGGCUUCGGCGUUUCGCCCCACGACCCCGGUCCAACCACUACAGUAUAGGAGGCCCUGUGCUAAAUGUGGUCGAGACCAUACUGGAGCUUGUGGAAACACCAUGACGUGCUACCGCUGCGGUCAACCAGGGCAUUUUGCUGCAAGAUGCACUGCGAACAUAGCUCCUCAAACCAACAACAAGCCACCGCGUCCAGCACAGGGGAGAUCGGGUAUUGCUCCGAGAGUUUAUGCCCUCACAGCUGAGGAGGAUGUUCAGGAGGAGCCAUACACAGUGGAGGAGCCAUUUGCUGCAGAGCCAUUGACCACCUACGAAGCCACUGAUGAAGAUUACCAGGAGGAGGAUGAUGUUGCCACCAUCACAGGUACCAUUUGCAUACAUGAUGUUGCAUGCGCCACUUUGUUUGACACAGGAGCUACACAUAGCUUCUUGAGUGAGAAAAAGGCAGGAGAGUUGUCAAUCAUGGAGAUCGAUACAACUACAUCUUUUAUGGUGUGUACACCUGCAGGACAGACUCUUCCAGUACAGGGGAUUUUGCAUUGCAUGCCCUUGACUAUCCGUGGGAGGAUGUUGACUGCAGAUCUUAUCAUCGUACCUAUCCGGGGUUACGACUUAAUACUGGGAAUUGAUUGGCUAUCGAAACAUCAAGCCCAGAUCGACUGUUGUCAGCGUACUAUUUGGUUCACUGAGGAGAGCGGAGGAUUCGACUCUGAAGCCUUCCUGGUUGUAAUCACAACAACCGAAGAAGCAGAAGCAAAACUGGAAGAUACUGCUGUGGUUCGGGAAUUUUCCGAUGUGUUUCCUGAUGAACUACCUGGACUACCACCAGAACGGGAGGUAGACUUCUCCAUUGAGGUUGUGCCAGGAACGGAGCCAAUAUCUAAGACUCCCUAUCGGAUGGCUCCGACCGAGAUGGCAGAACUGAAGAAACAGUUGAACGAUAAUCCUCCCUAUCGGAUGGCUCCGACCGAGAUGGCAGAACUGAAGAAACAGUUGAACGAACUAAUGGAGACAGGGUUUAUCCGACCUAGCGUAUCACCAUGGGGAGCACCGGUGUUAUUUGUGAAGAAGAAAGAUGGUAGUAUGCGACUCUGCAUUGACUACUGA